GUGGGCGCCGGGAGGAGACGGCGGCGGAACCGAGCGGAGGCUGCGGGAUGGCGCAGGACCUGCCCUCGCUGCUGCUGCCCCCCCAGUACAUGUGCUCCGAGUGCGGGGGCCUCUACGACAGCCUGGGGGAGGUUCUGCUGCACCAGCGCAGCCACGGCCCCCCCCCAACGCCCCCCCCGCAGCCCCCCCAGUACCAGUGUCCGGACUGCGGCCGCCUCCUCCCCUCCCCCGCCCAGCUCCUCGCCCACCAAACCCAGCACCGGCGCUGGGGGGGGACGGGGCCACCGCCUUACGAGUGCUCCGAGUGCGGCCGCCUCUUCCCCACCCCCGAGGAGCUGCUGGAACACCAGGGCGACCAUUUCGCCGCCACCGAGAAGGAAAAGCCGGACGCUGAACCCGACCCCCCCACCCCGCCGCGCUCCCCGCCGGAGUCGGCCCCGCCGUCGGAGUCGGAGUCGCCCCCGGAAUUUCGCUGCGGGGAGUGCGAGCGCGGCUACGGCUCGGCCGAAGAGCUGCGACGCCACAAGCGGGAGGUUCACGCCGCCGCCGCGUUUCCCUGCCCCGAGUGCCGGCGCGGCUUCGGCAGCGCCAGCUGGUUACGCGCCCACCGCCGGACGCACGAGGGGGGCACCCACCCCUGCCCCCUUUGCCCCAAAACCUUUAAGAAAGCGGCGGCGUUGGACCGGCACCGCCGGCAGCACCGCGGCGAGACCCUCUACCUCUGCGUCACCUGCGGCCGCGGCUUCGUCACCCAACCGGCGCUGGCCGCCCACCGCAAGAGCCACCCGGCCGAGCCGCGGCACCGCUGCGCCUGCGGCAAAACCUUCCUCAACAUGACCAAGUUCCUCUACCACCGCCGCACCCACGCCGGCAAGAGCGGGGCCCCGCCGCCGCUGACCAACCGGGGCGGCACCGGCGGCGAUGGCAGCGCGGCGGCCGGUCCCCGGUGCCCCGAGCGGCGUCACCGCUGCCCCACCUGCGGGCGGGGGUUCAAGAAGCUGGUGCACGUCCGCAACCACCUGCGGACGCACACGGGGGAGAGGCCCUUCCAGUGCAGCGUCUGCGGCAAAACCUUCGCCUCCGGCGCCAACCUCCUGCGGCACCAGUUCACCCACAGCGGGGAGCGGCCCUACCAGUGCCCCGUCUGCCGCAAGCGCUUCGCCCAGUCCUCCAACCUCCGCCAGCACCGCCGCCUGCACGCCCGCCCCCCCGCCGCCGCCCCCCGCCUCGCCGGCCCCCUCGGCCUGCGGCCACCGCGCCCAAACCUUCGGGGACGGGGGGGCCCCGAGCCGGCACCGGCGACGCCACCGCCACCGUUGGGGCGGGGGGGGUCCGUGGUGGGGACAACCAGGCGGCCACCGCGGGCAGAGGGCGGCCCCCCGGCAAGGACGGGCGACGGAGGGGGAGCGGGGGGGCGCAGCGGCCGCGUGGCAGCACCGCGACGCUGGAGGCACCGGGGUCCCUGGGGGCGCUCCGGUUACUGGUGUCAUUGCUGGUACUGCUGGCCCUGGUGUCAACGCCGGCACCGGUGCUGCCGGUGUCACUGGUGUUACUGGUGUCACCAGUGUCCCUGGUGUCGCUCCGGUUACUGGUGUCAUUGCUGGUACUGCUGGCCCUGGUGUCACUGCCGGCACCGGUGCCGCCGGUGUUACUGGUGUCAGUGGCGUUACCGGUGUCACCGGUGUUGUGGCUGGUACUGCUGGCCCUGGUGUCACCGCCGGCACCGGUGUUACCGGUGGCACUGGAGUCCCUGCUGUCCCUACUGGUGCUGGCGUUACUGGUGUCAGUGGCGUUACCAGUGUCACCGCUGGUGCCUGCGUUACUGGUGUCAUUGCUGGUACUGCUGGCCCUGGUGUCAACGCCGGCACCGGUGUCACUGGUGUUACUGGUGUCACCAGUGUCCCUGGUAUUGCUCCGGUUACUGGUGUCAUUGCUGGUACUGGUGGCCCUGGUGUCACCGCCGGCGUCACUGGUGUUACUGGUGUCACCGGAGCCCCUGGUGUCACUGGUAUUACUGGUCUCGCUGGCAUUACUGGUGUCCCUGCUGGUACCGGUGUUACCGGUGGCACUGGAGUCCCUGGUGUCAGUGGCGUUACUGGUGUCACUGGUGUCACUACUGGUACCCGCGUUACUGGUGUUGCGGCUGGUACUGGUGGCCCUGGUGUCACCGCCGGCACCGGUGUUACUGGUGUCCCUGCUGGUGCUGGCGUUACUGGUGUCCCCGGUGUCAGUGGCAUUACUGGUGUCACCGGUGUCACCACUGGUACCCGCGUUACUGGUGUCAUUGCUGGUACUGGUGUCACUGGUGUCACCACCGUCACCGCUGCUCCUGCCGUUCCUGGCAUCACCGGAGUCUCUGCUGGCGCCAGUGUCACCCGCGUCCCUCCUGGCACCGGCGGUACCGGCGUUACCGCUCUUACUGGUGUCACUGGUGUCACCGCGGGACGUGGGGGGGGGGCCGGGGAUGGUGUCCCCGCGCUGACCGGUGGCCCUGGUGGCCCCGGUGUCGGCCCUGGUGGCCCCGGUGGCGUCGCUGGUGGCCCCGGUGACACCGUGACGGUGCCGGAGCCGUUGGCCCUUUGCCG